AGCCUACACAGUACACACAUUCUAAGCACACGUGCAGAACCUCAUCCCUGCACUUCUCACCUUCUCUCUGUAUUUUGUGUCUCCGUGUUAAUCGACCCACGUAAAAACCCAAAGCAUUAGGAUUUCCAAAGUUAUUGGAUUGUUGUGGAGACCAUGUAUUCCUUGACGGUGAAGCCCUCUUUUCUUCUUGUACCAAAAUCAUCAUCUUCUUCAUCUGCUUAUUCUUGGGUUGGGUCUUCUUCUUCUACGGUUAGUUUCCCAAUAAAGACCAAAAGCAGGGGCAGCAGAAUCAGUUUGAGAAUUGCGGCUUACGAUUCUUCCAAGAACAACGAUGGGCUCAACUCCGGUGAUUCCAAACCUCCCAACGGCACUGUGCCAAAGAGCAGGAGGGAUAUACUUUUGGAGUAUGUAAAAAAUGUGCAGCCUGAAUUUAUGGAGCUGUUUGUAAAGAGAGCACCCCAGCAGGUGGUUGAUGCAAUGCGCCAAACUGUGACAAAUAUGAUUGGAACACUACCCCCACAAUUUUUUACAGUCACAGUGUCCACAGUUGCCGAAAAUCUUGCACAACUUAUGUACAGUAUCAUGAUGACUGGAUAUAUGUUUCAAAAUGCACAGUACAGGUUGGAACUGCAGCAAAGUUUAGAGCCAGUUGCUCUUCCUGAAGGGCAAGAGAAAAAGGAUGCACCAGAGUAUGCACCUGGUACACAGAAGACGAAUGUGUCAGGGGAAGUUAUUAGGUGGAAUAAUGUUUCUGGCCCUGAGAAAAUAGAUGCUAAGAAGUACAUAGAGUUACUUGAAGCAGAGAUUGAGGAAUUGAAUAAUGAAGUUGGUAGGAAAUCUGCAAAUGGACAAAAUGAAUUGUUGGAGUAUCUCAAGUCUCUCGAGCCCCAAAAUUUAAAGGAGUUGACUAGUACUGCUGGAGACGAUGUUGUGGUUGCAAUGGAUACAUUCAUCAAGCGGCUUUUGGCUGCUUCAGAUCCUAGCCAAAUGAAGGCUAGUGUAACAUCAACAACUGCACCAGAACUUGCAAAGCUGCUUUAUUGGCUAAUGGUAGUCGGAUAUAGUCUUCGCAACAUUGAAGUUCGUUUUGAUAUGGAACGAGUACUUGGGAAUCCUCCAAAGCUCGCAGAAUUGCCUCCAGGUGAAAAUGUUUAAGUGCUGUGUGUGGAAUUGCAAAUAAUGGAAAGUUAUAACGGGAAGGCUCAAGUAGGCUGAUGGGUUGUUUCGAGCUGCUACAAUAGAAUAUGUGCCCUUUUAGAAGACACAUGUUGAGACGGGAGUUAGACGGAUGAGUAUGCAGUAGAAGGGUAGUUUCAUGGCAGACACAGUUGGAUCUUAUUAGUCAUUUCAAAUUAUCAAUUAAAUGAAAUACCAUUUUGACUUCUAAUCUUUGGUCUGUCAUUUUAACUUCCAAUUUAUUGUCUCAUUUGUAUGAAAUACCAUUUUGACUUCUAAUCUUUGGUCGGUCAUUUUAACUUCCAA